UGUGUAUCUUUGGCCUCAUACGCAGUGGUUCGGUCCUCGGGUUUAAAAGGGCGGAGCAAGAGCUGGAGCGUCAGUAACCUCGGCUCACUCUGAAGAUGCCUGGACGGUAUUCAGCCUAAAUAUUAGAAGAAGAAGCUGAAUUUAUGCGGCCUCACGCCAGAAGUUUUAUGGAAACGUCUAUACGCCGCGAAAACAUGAAGAUCAGAAUCUGUUACACUUAAACGUUGGAGAAGCGCCGUCCACUAUCGCUGGCAUUCACACCCGUCGUGGAACCGCCAUCUGACUCUGCGGUGAUCAUCGGGCCUCCAGCAGAUAUUCUGAGGAACGGUAGCUACAACCAGGUCCCCAUAAUCGUGGGCGUCACUUCCGCAGAGGGCACCAUCGUACCCACCUUGACCGAAGCAAAGAUCGCGUACUUGAAGGAGAAAUUCACGGCGCUGGUCGGCUCCCAGCUGCCGCUGCCCACGGAGGAACAGCGGACCCGUGCGGCCCAACAGCUGGAGCGCUUCUACUUUGGGGACGAGGGUUUCCCCACGGACGACAUGCAAGCCGUUAUUGAUGGAGACGACGUGAUCGUGACUGUAGAGAACGGCGACCUGAGGGGCGUGGUGGCCACGUCACUGAACGGCGCUCUCUACAACCAGUUCCUGGGCAUACCGUUCGCCACGCCGCCUGUGGGAGAUCUCCGAUUCCGUGACCCGCAGCCGGCUCCCUCGUGGUCCGGGGUUCGAGACGCGCUUACCCUCGCGCGAGGCUGCCCCCAGACCGACUACGACGGCUCUGAAGACUGCCUCUACCUCAACGUGUAUGUGCCGGCUACGGGGAGUGGUCCUUUCCCCGUCAUGGUCUACAUUCACGGUGGCGGCUUCACAACGGGUUUUUCCUUCAAUGGUACUCCACACUAUUUCGUGGAGAAGGACGUUGUGCUGGUCACAAUCGCAUAUCGUCUCGGUGCCCUUGGUUUCAUGAGCCUGCAGAACGAUGACAUCCCGGGCAAUGCGGGCCUCAAGGACCAGGUGCUGGCACUGCAGUGGGUGCAGAACAACAUCGCCGCCUUCGGUGGGGAUCCUAGCAAGGUCGCCAUUUUUGGUGAGAGUGCUGGCGGCGCCUCCACAUCACAUCUCUUCCUUUCGCCAGCGACCAGAGGGCUCUUCAGCCAAGUGAUCAUGCAGAGUGGAGUAGCGACUACCCCCUGGGCGCUGGCUGAUAAUCCUCGCGAGAAGGCUUACCGUAUGGCGGAGGCGCUCGGUUUCCAGGCACAGGGCGACAACAACACUGACGACGACGUACGGUUGGCUGCCUUCUUUCGCGCUGCCAACUACUCAGACCUCAUUAACGACACCUCAAUCGCACUCUCGGAUCUCGAGAACCGCUGUCCACUAUCGCUGGCGUUCGUACCCGUCGUAGAACCGCCAUCGGACUCGGCAGUGAUCGUCGAUCCUCCAGCAGAAAUUCUCAGGACCGGCAGCUACAACCAGGUCCCCAUAAUUGUGGGCGUCACUUCCGCAGAAGGCACCGUCGUACCCACCUUGACCGAAGCAAAGAUCGCGGACUUGAAGGAGAACUUCACGAUGCUGAUCGGCUCCCAGCUGCCACUGCCCACGGAGGAACAGCGGGAUCGUGCGGCGGAGCAGCUGGAGCAAUUCUACUUUGGGGACGAGGGCUUCUCCACGGACGACAUGCAAGCCGUUAUUGAUCUGUUUUCAGACUUGUACUUCAUACAAUCAGCGGACUCCUUCGCUAGGACCGUAGCCAACUCGAACAGCUUACCUGUUCACUUCUAUUUCUUCGAGUACAAUGGAACUGGCUCUACGGAUUAUGGUAUGAAGCAUGCAGGAGAAACUCCGUAUCUGUUUCCGAGCAAUUCAUCGGGACCAGACACGGACCCCAAUUCCAACGACGGGCAGGUGGCAGACCUGUUGACAACUCUGUGGACCAAUUUCCCCAAAUACAGUGAUCCGGCACCAUCCGGAAGUCCAGUGGUGUGGGAAACGUUGACGGCGAAUGCUUCCAACUAUCUGGAUAUGCAACUGGAGUUUACAACACGUCAGGACGUCCUCAAGGAACGAAUGGAUUUCUGGAGAGAUAUACUAGCUUCUUAAAAAGCUGAAUGCCGUGAUAUUCUUUGUUAUGUUCCGCACACUUCAAAAUAAAUUUUAGUGCGUUUAGUUUGAAAACAUUUAAUCACAAUGUCA